AACACAGUCCUUGACUUCCAAUCCACUUGAACAAGUAAGAUACAUGAUUAACUACAACACAAGGGAGAAAUAAUGACUUGAUUGGGUAACAGAACCGAAAUGUGUUAGGUGUGGUGAGAAAUAAGAGCCCAAAUCUUCCUGCUUCUUGGAGACCAGAUAAGCCUGGACUAGCUGGCAGAAUUUCCAGGCACAAGUGAAAACCAGGCAAAGGUAGAGAUAAGUCUGGGGCAAUUCUAGGAAAGCCCUGGAGAAUCCUAGGAAUACUUUCUGAUUUCAAAUGGUGUUUUUUCUGCAUCACGUUUCUUUCUCCCCUAGCCCACUGCUAAACAAGCAUAGUUUCAGAGGUGCUACGUUUUCCAAUCUGGAAAUGGAACUCAGAUUCUCACUGGCCUGCAAGCAAGACCUUUUUAUUUCCCAUGUAUAGGUUGAUGCUAUCUCCAAUUUAAGUUCAUAUUGAGUCCUUUCACAUGCAUUUGAAAGUGUUAAUUUGUUCAAUGUAAAGUUCAAAAUUUGACCACAACUUUUGAAAUGGUGUUCACCUUUUAGAAAACCAGAAGCCUCAAAAAAUUGAGGAGAGAGUAUUGUCAAAUUCUUCAAAGAAACUGAAAAGCCUGAGAUAUGAAAACCAAAAUAUUGAUAUGAUAAACCAGAAAAGCCUUCAGGAACAAGGUUUGGAAUAGCUCAGUAUUGCUGAAGAUGGAUGACUUAAAACUCAAGUCAACUUUCAGCCCAAGUUCAUCGGCAUGAAUUUGUAACAGGCCAAAUCUCAUAAUUAUGCAAUCUCAGAUUUGAAAAGGAAUUUGGAAGUCAUGUAAUAUUCCUUCAGGUCGAUUCAGCAAGGAAUCUUCUUGCCAACAAAUAAUGUGCCUUGUUUAGGGAAGUGGGGUGAGGAUAUUAAGAUACAUAAGACUUAGACCCUGGCCCCAAGGAGCCUAAAAUGGGGAGGAGAGGGGGCCGUGAGCAAAGGUCAGUAUAGCAUAAAGGUCAGGAAAGAGGCUACGGGGCAGUUUGGGUGUAAAUCUUGGCUCCACUACUUACUUGCCACGUAAGCUUGCUCUGGUUGCCUUAAACAUCGAUCCUUUGUAAAACGGUAAUUUUCUCCAUAAUUUAAUUAGGUUAUCUGUGUUGAUUGAAUUUUUUUUGAUUGCUCAACUUUUAACAAUGAAAAAAUAUACAAGUUUUAUAUUCAGAAGUAAAGCCGACGCUAAGGAAGGGAAGCUGAGGGCGAUUUCCUCGGAUAUUUCGUCUCCCCUUCCCCACUUUCCCCCUGGAUGGGCCCGCUGCGGGCGGCGCGCGUGCGCGCAGGGAGCUCUGACUCGGGAGAUGCGGUUGCAGCCACCAGGAGAAGCCUCUGAGUCGCUGCGGCUCUUCCCGGUUCCCAGAGGCCUGGCUAGGACGCAAGGGCGGACCCAAGCGCCGUGCGCAAGCGCACUCCAUGCUCAUUCAGCCAAGAUGGCGCUGGUGGAGCACGUUGUGGCGGAUGCUGGAGCUUUCUUGCGGGACGCGGCUUUGCAGGACAUCGGCAAAAACAUCUACACCAUCCGGGCGGUGGUCAGCGAGAUUCGGGACAAGGCCACGCGCAGGCGGCUCGCGGUCCUGCCCUACGAGCUGCAUUUCAAGGAGCCCUUCCCGGAGUACGUGAGGCUGGUGACUGAGUUUUCAAAGAAAACGGGAGACUAUCCCAGCCUCUCUGCCACAGAUAUCCAAGUUCUGGCACUCACCUACCAGUUGGAAGCAGAGUUUGUCGGGGUGUCUCACCUAAAACGGGAACCAGAAAAGUUUAAAGUAAGCUCAUCAGUUCAGCACCCAGAAACUCCUCUACACAUUUCUGGUUUCCAUCUGCCUUCAAAGCCUAAAGCCUCACAAGAAAAAGUGAAUCAUGGCCAUCCAGGCAAUGAGCUUGAAAACACAGAAUUCACUUCCUUUGUGUUCUGGAGAAACCCUUUGCCUAAUAUCGAUCAUGAGCUACAGGAGCUACUGAUUCACAAAGAUGAAGGCAUUUCAAGUGAGGAGGAAGAAGAUGGACUUGCAGACAUGAAAGAAAAAGAGAGUGAUGAUGACGAGGGUGGCUGGAUAACCCCCAGCAACAUUAAGCAGAUCCAGCAGGAGUUGGAGCAAUGCGACGUCCCAACCAACGUGCGGGUCGGCUGUGUGACCACGGACUUUGCCAUGCAGUAUUCACUGCCCACUCCCAAAGGGGGCAAAUAUGCCAUCAACCCCCACCUGACUGAGGACCAGCGCUUCCCUCAGCUGCGACUCUCCCAAAAGGCCAGGCAGAAAACCAACGUGUUUGACCCUGACUACAUAGCCGGGGUAUCUCCCUUUGCUGAGAACGACAUUUGCAGCCGGUCAGCUACCUUGCAAAUCCGAGACAGCACCUUGGGGGCUGGGAGGAGACGGUUAAAUCCCAAUGCUUCCAGAAAGAAGUUUGUGAAAAAAAGGUGAAGUUGAAGCUCCCACAGGCAAAUUGGAUUCCUGCUGCCGCUGCUGAGGAGUUGUGGAGUCUCAUUUCCCCAGCAGUGUUUUCCCCAAAACCACCUGGAUAGAUAGAACACUCUGGCUUGCAUGGUGCUGCUUCAUGCCAUGCCUGUCAGCUUUCAGGGGGGACUGGGCCAUCACUUGCCUGUGAGCAUCCAGAGAGCCAGGCUUCCUGUCUUGCUCAGUGGAAUUUGAUGAAAAAGGAAAACACAGUGCCCUGGAACAUCUCUUUACAUUUAAAGAGGGGGAUUUUCAAGUGAUAAUAUUUUUCUAAUAAAUGUGGUUGCAAGGG